AUGACACCAACAAUUGAAGAACUACUAAAGGAAUACGACUUUGAUCCUUCACUCAUCGACAGAGUUGCACUUCGCAAAUACAAACAACCCAUCGCCAUUGUUGAACCCGAUCCAAAAUGGCCAGAGCAUUUCGCCCGUGCUAAAACGCGCAUCGAAUCCGCCAUCGGCGAUACAGCAGUGUCAAUCAACCACGUUGGCUCUACCAGCGUCCCAGGUCUGCCAGCAAAAGCUGUAAUCGAUAUUGACCUGACCGUCAAAGAUAUCAACGAUGAAGCCUCCUACGCAAACGCUCUCGAAGCUGCUGGUUUUCAUUUUCUCGUUAGGGAGCCAGGCUGGCAUGGACAUCGCCUCUUUUGCGAUUAUGAACCCGUGCCGACGAAUCUGCAUGUUUGGGGUCCUGGAUGCCCGGAGGUGGUGAGGCACAGGAUCUUUACAGAUUGGCUGAGGAAGAAUGAGGACGAUAGGAAAGCUUACGAGAAUAUCAAGAGGGAGGCUGCGAAGGCGAGUGUUGAGAACGGGGAGGAUGUUAUGGAGUAUAAUAAUAGGAAGCAGAACGUCAUUCGUGAGAUUCUGCAGAUGGCGUUUAAGGAUUUGGGAUACCUGUAG